GCAUUGAGGCACAGUUCAACUUUUUGUUCGCAACGGUAAAGGAAUACGACGUACCCAACCUUCAAAUCACUGAGAUAACUGCGUUAACCGUUUAGGAUGAAUCCAUUGGGAGUUUUGUGUGUUGUAGCCUGUGUGGCUGCCGUUGCGUUGGCCUCGCCAACACAACAAAUCAGCAACUUGAAGCCCUCCGAAUGGUUACAGCCCAGUGAAUUGGAGCAGACACCAUCGUUGAAUGAAAUCACUUUCGAGAAAUUGGAGAAUAUGCCAUUGGGCAAGGGUGCAAAAUUGAUGCGCAAAUUUUAUCACUUGUCUCAAAUCGAUCGGUCCAUUACUCCCGAUUUUGUGCCCAGCCCUAGCAAUAUUCCCGUCUACAUCUUCAAUCACAAGGGCCAAAAGAAAGUUGCCACUUUGAGCAACUAUGUCGAAGAAGCCAAGAAAAUUGAAGACUUUGGCGAUGAGGAAGUCACCAUUUUCAUCACCGGCUUGCCCGAAUCCUUGGAGACUGUCAAAAAGGUCAAUACCCAGAUGAUCAAGUCCUACAUCCAAAGUAUGAGCCAAAAAUCCGAAACUAUGGAAAAAAACCAAAAAUAUCAAAAAUACGCCAACGUUGAAGAAGAUAAUGAUGAUAAUGAUGAUGAUGAUGACGAUGAUGAUCAAUCCAACAACUGGGACAAUGAAAAAUCCUCCGGCGCUUACCUCAUUGUCAUCGACUUGGGCAACACCAUCACCGACAUGGAACGUUAUGCCACUUUGGAUGUCUUCAGCUGCGGUAAAAUGAUUGCCACAACUUUGAUCAAAUUGACCAACGAAUGCGAUGUGCCCUUGGAUGUUAUCCAUGUCAUUGGCCAAGGUUUGGGUGGCAAUGUUGCCGGCGCUACUGGCAAGGUAUUCUACGCCAUCACUGACCACAAAUUGCGCCGCAUUACCGCUUUGGACCCUGCCAGCCAAAUGGCCAAGCAUCCCAAUAUGUUGACUGCUUUGGCUCGUGGCUCUGCUGAUUUCGUUGAUGCCAUCCACACCUCCGCCUUGGGUAUGGGCACCACCAGACGUGUCGGCGAUGUUGAUUUCUUCCCCAAUGGUCCUUGCGAUGGUGUUAAUGGCUCCAAGAACGUUAUCGAUGCCCAUAUGCGUGCCACCAGCUUCUUUGCCGAGUCCGUUCGUCCCGCCAACCAUCGCAACUUCCCCGCCAUUGAGUCCAUCUCCUUGAAGCAGUACAAGAGCAACGAUGGCUAUGGCAAACGCACCUACAUGGGAAUUGCUGCCGCUCGUGAUCUCUCCGGUGACUACAUCUUGGAGGUCAACGACCAUAGUCCCUUUGGCCAGAGAACACCUGCCCACAAGCAAAACACCUACCAUGGUGUCCACAAAACUUCGUACCUGCAAAACGAUGAAAGCUAUUAGAAAAAAUCAUUGGCGUAUGUCACACCGUUUAGAAAAGCCUUGAACUGUGAACCUUUUUUUUUAGUUUUAUUUUCGUUUUUUAUCCAUAACUGAGUUACUGCUAUUCCAAAUUGUGUUUGUAGUAGAGACAUAAAAAUUUAAGAAAAUGUCGGUACCAAUAAAAA